CUUGUUCGUGACAUAAAGCAGGCAUAACGGGAUGGUAAAUACACAAAUAGCGAUCUGAGACGUUAAAGCAUUUAAAAGGAAACGAUUUGACAGUUUAAAGGAGAACCGUAAUAAUUUUUUGAUAUUAUACGGAUAGGAGAAUGGCAAAUUUAUCAGUAAAAAGAAGUUAUGAAGAUGAUAAUGGUGGUACAUCAAAUGCAAAAGAGAGAAAAGAACUUGGCAUUAAUCGGUACUUAACCUAUGACGUUAUAAGAAUUAUAUUUAAAUAUUUGAAUGGAAUGGAACUAUCGAACGCUUCAAUGGUUUGCAGAUCAUGGUUGGAAAUGGCAAAUGAUGAAAAACGAACUAGGAUAGGUCCUGUCUGUUUCACAGAAAAUUUAAAAAGGGGUAUACAACAUUUUAAUAUAAAAAUUAUUGAAAAAUUACGAAUAAGACCAACAUUUGGAUUAAUUUUUAAAGCUCCGUGUAGAGGAUAUAAUAGAAACGUUUGUAAAUGUAAAAUUCUUCCGAGAAAUUGUGAUGCUGUAGUGCUAGCUACAUUUGGUAUACUUAUCAAUAAUAAUGAAAUGGAAAAUGCUUUAGACAAUGUGGUAUGUGCAUUUUUACCUGAAAUACCUAAUGUGAUGAUCAAAGUGAUUAAAGUUCCUGCUCCUAUAGGAGAUAGGGCACAGUAUUAUAUAAGAAUAAAAACAAAUCUAGAUAGUCAUAAUGCUAAUGGAUCUAAAUGUUUUUUAAUACUUACUAAUCAGCAAGGUCGUACUACAGGACAAGCAGUUGCAGAUGUAAUAAAAUUAUGUGACAAAACAGUUAAACCUUCUGUGUGGGGAGGAGUAGUCAAGGAUUUAUCUAUAUAUGAGUUAAACAACACUACCAAUUAUAAAGGUUGUCAUUUUGCAUCUUGUGUUGUAAUUAUUAUAGCUGGAUCGGUAGAUUCAUGGUCUAUAGUUGUGGAUGAAAGUUGUGAUACUAAGGAACUAGUUGAACAGAAAUUAAAAUCAUUCAAGAAUCAUAUUCGAUUAAGAAAACAUUCCAUAGGCUAUAUGUUUGCGUGUUGUGAACGCGGAAAAUAUAUGUUUAAUGAAUACAAUGUGGAAUCAUCUAUUUUCAAAAAAUUAUUUCCAACAGUACCAUUAGUAGGUUGUUUCGGUGACGGAGAAUUUGGCGCAACUACGAUACCAAACAAAAAUUUUAAUGAUAACAGCGACACUUUAUAUUACGAGAGAUCAUCUGUCUUUUUAAUAGUUACAUAUGGUUGA